UGAUUUCGUUGUGCGCAAACGAGUGAGUGGUCGCAUUUCCUGCUAACAAGUUUUUAUUGAAAUAUUCAAAAUAUUUAAUAGAUAUUAAGUUGAAAUUACACAUUAGAUUAGAACGAUGGAAUCUGCGUGUAAGAAACCUAAAAUUUCCGACGAGGAGCGGUUGGAGUUGGCUGCCAAGCUUGAUAAAGAUUUGGACCAGUUCAUCAAUUCCCUGGAGAAGCGACGAUACACCGAAGGAUGGCCCGAGGAUCGCUGGGAAGAGGAAAUGGCCAAACAUCCGUUUUUCACGCGUAAAGCACCUGAACCUGGUGAGGCACUAAGCCCUCUGAUGGAGGGUUUACAGCAACUCAAGUAUGAUCCUGAGGAGAACACAGCUCAGGAACUGGCCGAGGCGUACAAGGAUGACGGUAAGUUCUACAUGCAGCACAAGAAGUUCCGACUGGCAGUUUUGAGUUAUACGGAAGCACUGAGUUUCGGUGUCACCGAUUCGGAGUACCGGGCUGUGCUGUAUAAUAACCGAAGUGCUGCGAAUUUCUUCCUCAAGAACUAUCGGUCUUCGAUGUUGGAUGCCCAGAAGGCACUGGAACUCAAGCCAGACUAUGAUAAGGCACGGUGGAGGGCUGCCCAGAGUGCCGGUCAGUUGGACAAAUUCGACGUGUGCAUCGAGCAUUGUGACGAAAUCCUUCGAAAAGAUCCAACCAACGCCCAAGCCCUGGAACUUCGGAAAAACACGCUGGCUAAAAAGACCACCAAAGAGAGAGAUGCUCGCAAAAUGGCCCAACAGGAGCGCCGGAAGCAGGAACAGCUGGAAAGGACAAUAGACGCUCUGAAGAAGCGGGCAGUGCAAUUCGAAGAAUCGGAUGCUUUGACCAACGAAAAACGGUUGAAACCUAGGUUGGCUCCGCUGGAGGAUUUCAUGGUGAAAGCCGAUGGCAACGGGGUGCUACAUUGGCCAACGGUGUUUUGUUAUCCGCAGUUUUUGAGCACGGACUUCCAGCAGCAGUUAUCCGAGGAGUGCACCAUGGAAGAUGUUCUGAUAAACUUGUUCGAACAACCACUGGAACUGGACAAGGAAGGAGAAUACGUUCCGCACAAGUUGAAUGUGUACUACGAAAACAGAUUAGCUGGAAAAGUGCACAAAGUUGAUGUCAAGAAAGCCAUCAAGGAAAUCGUGCGGGAGAAGACGUUCUACGUAUAUGACGGAACGCUGGCAUUCUUCAUUCUUCCAAAGGAUACAAAACACGAGACAGAAUUUUUGAACCAAACUCGAGUGCCUCUCCGUUUAAAGUAAGGUCAUAAGGUUAUAAGGCGGGUCUUAUCCAAUAAAAACUCAAUUAUGUAAAGUAAA